AUGGAGCAAAUAUUUCCAUUGAUACGUCUGCAGAAGGCAAAAUCACACAGUACGUUAGCAUUAAUCUAUUCAAAACAACAACCACAACAAGACGAAAAAUGUAAUGAACUCCGCUUGAAAGCAUUAGAAAUAUCUGAACAGCUGAUUUCGAAUGGCGAAAAAAUUGAAGGGAUCGGCGAUGUUUUUGAGCACAUUGGUGAACUUUAUAUGAAUCAAAGUAAUCCGCAACGAGCUCGAAAAUAUUAUAAAAAAGCAUUAGGAUAUACAAAAAAAGAUAUGGUAGAUGACCAUCCCGAAAUCCGACGUAUACAGAAAAUUAUCGAUGGAUUACCAACAAGCCGAACAACCGACUAA